AUGGUUAGAAAACAAAAUUUUUCUAGAUCUUUUCAAAAUGGUCACAUGCAACAAUUACCCGAUAGGGGUCCCGUUGAGUCUAUAGUGUACUGGCGCGAUCCGAAAAAAUCGGGAGUCGUUUUUGGAAGUAUUAUGGUCGUUCUUCUCUCUCUAACCACAUUCAGUUUGAUAAGCGUCGUAGCAUAUGGAUGCCUCACCGUUUUGGUGGCCGCAUUAUCAUUCAGAAUAUACAAAAGCGUCAUGUCUGCCGUACAGAAAACAUCAGAAGGUCAUCCUUUCAAGGAAUAUAUGGAAGUUGAUGUAACGUUAAAUCCGGACAAGGCAAGAGAAUUUUCCGAUGCGGCCAUUGUUUUCGUUAACGAAGCUCUGACAAAAUGUCGAAAUCUCUUUUUGGUCGAAGACAUAUUCGAAUCCGUUAAAUUUGCAAUGGCUCUCUGGUGUUUAACAUACGUCGGAGCUUGGUUCAACGGUCUUUCACUUCUCAUAAUUGCUUUCGUCGGUUUAUUUACUCUACCGAAAGUUUACGAAAAUAAUAAAACUCAAAUCGACUCCAACUUGAACCUUGUCAAAGGGAAAAUAAAUGAAUUUACAGAAAAGUAA